CUAUACAAACACGUCGACAUGGAGAAGAUAAACAGAAAAGUAGCACAGUCGUUGUUGACGUUGUGUAUCUGUACAACUGACGUUUGAAUGUUUGUGAAGCACGCCGCUGCAUGCCGUCUUUAUUAGAUUGAUUUGUGGUUCGCUGAGCAUUGCCCGUGUAGGGAACAGCUAAUGGUUGUAACAUGGACAGUGACUUGAGUCCGCAGGAUAAAAAAGACUUGGACAAAUUCAUUAAGUUCUUUGCCUUAAAGACUGUCCAGGUGAUAGUACAAGCUCGCCUCGGAGAGAAGAUCUGCACUCGCUCUUCUUCAUCACCUACUGGCUCGGACUGGUUUAACUUGGCCAUUAAAGAUAUUCCAGAGGUCACUCAUGAAGCCAAGAAGGCGCUGGCCGGGCAGCUUCCAGGCAUUGGGCGCUCCAUGUGUGUGGAAAUCUCUCUGAAGACGUCAGAGGGUGACUCUAUGGAGUUGGAGACUUGGUGCCUGGAGAUGAAUGAGAAGUGUGAUAAAGACAUCAAGGUGUCAUACACGGUUUAUAACCGUCUGUCUGUCCUUCUGAAGUCUCUACUGGCAAUUACCAGAGUAACACCGGCCUAUAAGCUGUCCAGAAAGCAGGGCCAUGACUACGUCAUAUUAUACAGGAUCUACUUUGGGGAGGUGCAGCUGAGUGGAUUAGGCGAAGGUUUCCAGACUGUGCGUGUCGGUGUAGUUGGCACACCCGUCGGCACAGUGACGCUUUCAUGUGCCUAUCGCACCAACCUGGCAUUCAUGUCUAACAGGCAGUUUGAAAGGUCGGCUCCAAUCAUGGGGAUCAUCGUGGACCACUUUGUGGAUCCUCCCUGCAGCAGCCAGCGUCCAGCAAACAUGGGACAUCCCUGCAACUACAGAGCCCCAGAAGACGAGGAUGGAGGAGCAUUUCCAGGAGUUCAGGACUCACAGGAGGUUUGCACCACCUCCUUCUCCACAUCCCCUCCCUCUCAGUGUGUGUGUACACUGAGUCCGUCUCCUUCUAAAAUGUCCAAGCCCCUCCCUCUGGACAGUCUGCAGCUGCCAUUGGCUCCUGGACUUGUCACUCACAAUCUGUCUGCUUCCAGAUUAUCCUACCAGCCUACAGCUCCCGUAGGAGCUGCUGAGCUCUGUCACCAUGCAGUCAAUACACACCAGGUAUUGCAUGCUGGGAAAGAAGGUGGGGUUGUUUUGGUUCCUUCUCAGCCUCCUCACGGAGCUGACAUCCAUCUGACAGUAGAGCACGCCCCCAACACACCCAGCAGCAGUGGGGAUGAUGAUGAUGGUCUGUCACACAGCUGUGAAGGAAGGAGGGAUGAAGGGAGGAGUGUCUCUCCCUCUGACCCGGUGGAGUCUCUUAAUACAUUCACAAGGAAAGUUGGAGCCUUUGUUAAUAAACCCAGCACAAAGUUAACAGCUGCCAGUCUAGACUUGCCAUUUGCUGCAUUUGCACCUCGAGGCUUGGACUCAGAGGAUAAUGAUCCUAUGGUUCAGCCUCCAGACUCUCCCUGCCAGUCGCCCCUGCAGGCCAGCCUUCAUUCUCAGGGCUCAGAGGGAUCAGGGCAGCAGGACGACUUUGUCAUGGUCGACUUUCGUCCAGCUUUCUCUAAGGAUGAUUUGUUGCCGAUGGAUCUGGGCACCUUCUACAGAGAGUUUCAGAAUCCUCCACAGCUAGCCAGCCUCUCACUUCACAUCAGUUCCCAGUCCAUGGCUGAUGAUCUGGACUCUCUGCCAGAGAAACUGCGCGUCUACGAGAAAAACAUUGACGAGUUUGAUGCUUUUGUGGACAUGCUGCAGUAGGAUGAAUGGACUACCUGUGACUAAAGACAGAAUAAUGACGUUUUUCCUGUGAGAAUUA